CUGCACAAACAAAGUUCAAACGAGUGUGUACACUGUGUAGUGACCUGCCAGACUCUCUGAGUCUCUGGAGUUUCCGGUUUUUACAUAAAGCACUCAAGCAUCUUUGUUGUCGGCAUUAACGUGAAUCAGCACACGGAGACACGCCAAACGUCUUUUUGAGGUGCAGGAUGGAUUCUACAUAGCUACCUACGAUUUUUCCGUAUCGGAAACAAGUGUCUUCCUCCCCUGGCAGGUUCGGUGGACGUCACAACCACAUGACAUUUCAUAACAAAAAGACCCCAGACUCUAGCGCCACAGUAUAGUAAGGCUUACUCAAUGGGAAGGUCAGGCCCAGGGGGCCAUGAACUUUCUUUGCAGCAGGAUUCGUCUAGUGCUCUCCUCUUAAAUCACUACAUAUCAUUCUUCAACUCACUUCUGUUCUCUCACUGCCCGAGUCAGACAUUGCAAAAGAUACGAAUGGCAACAAGUCCAAGACAGUUAGUAGACCUCCAUUCUGGAGUCACACACACUCGCAUUGGUAUAUGGGACCUCUAUGAGGAACGCGGAAAAGGGUUACCGCGCAGACCGGAUUCAUCAAUAUUGAAGACAAUUGUCCAGAUACGCGAUAAUAUGCCCUACGUGGUCCGCAUGUUCAAGGAAAUACUCAAUAUCAGACGAGUCCGGAUGCUUCUUCCCUCAUUCUUGGUAGUGCAAGUCUUAGACUCCCUUAUUCCUGCCGUUUCCCUGUGGUGCGAUGGACAAUUGCUCCGACUCGUGGAGACUAUGAUGGAGACAUCUACUGUUGACACAACAGUAGUGAUUCAUGUGGCAGUAGGACGUGUUACAUGCGCAGUCGCGUCGCACCUUCUCAGGCAUAUCCAAAGACGCAUGGAAAUCCCCAUAAACAUGUCCAUCAGACAAUUUUACACUAGACAUGUAUUCCAUUCGAUGGCCCGCCUCGACCUACCCACAUUUACAGAUUCGGCUGUCCGGCAGCAGCUCGGUUUUGUGACGCGUCCCAGGAAUAUGCAUGUGGAAACCAGCCUUGCAUGGGAAGUUGUUCAGGACUUGGCGAGCCUCGCAACGACGACGACUACUAUGAUCUCUCAGUUUUUUGUUCUGUUUACAGUCCUGCAGAAGCAGCAGGAUGGACCACUUCUUAUGAUUCUUGGCUUCUCGCAAUCUAUACUUCGCUGGUACAGGACACAAUCAUCGGUGGACAGCUUCUCUGGUAUGGGGGUUUGGGCCGCGACCACGACCAAUAAUGAUUAUAUUCGCAUGCAAGGUCUUCAGGUUCUCACUUUUUCUCCUUCACAUCGUAAGGAGCUUGUCGCAGGCAACCUCAGUGAAUAUAUUACUUCACAAUUUUGCGAAUCCGCUCUGCGCCUCGGCGAUGAUGCGGGCGACUUUAACGAAGUGUACGAAGCUCAUUCUAUGAGGAAAUUCCCGAGCAUCACCACCAUUCUCCGUGAAACAAUGCCCGAGCUGCCUCAGAUCGCCUUCAUGCUGAACGCCGUGCGAAGGCCAACGACGGUGCCCCUCUCUUUUGCGUCACUCCAGCUAAUUGAACAUGUAUCUGAUUCAUUGAUUUCGACAUACCUCUCGCCAUACAGAGUAUUUAAUCUUACUGCAAAAUUUGCUGGGCUACGCAAUUUAUAUGAACUCAAGAACGUGCAGAACAAAGUGAUGGAUGGUACGGAACGGUUCCCCGGGAACCAGCAGUCCCUCAUUAGUGGCAUUUCUGUUGAGUUCAGGAAUGUAUCGUUCCAGUACUCUGAUGAAGAGAGGUAUGCACUCCGGGAUGUUUCAUUCAGGAUCGAGGCUAGUCAGCUUUGCGUCAUUGUCGGAGGGAAUGGCUCUGGAAAAAGUACGAUUUUGAAACUCAUCUCCCGCAUCUAUGACCCGACAGAGGGUACAAUUCUUAUCGACAACCGCGACAUCAAAACCUUCAGACUCGCUGACCUCCGUGCUGCCAUGUCCAUCCUCUUCCAGGACUACACGCAUUUUCCCCUCUCAAUAGGCGAGAACAUUGGACUUGGCAACCCUGGCCUCGCACAAGAUGAUGACAAGAUACACGAAGCCGCCAAGAUGGGCGGCGCACGAGACUUCAUUGAGGAGCUCCCAGACGGAUUCAGCACUUACAUUGAUCGCCCCGUGAAGGACCAGUACGCGAACCUCCCUGCAGGGGUCACAGUAGCCGAUGAUUGGUACUCUGGUGUGCGUAAUAUGGGGGGUCUCCGUACUUCUACUGUUUCGGGCCUCAGCGGUGGGCAAAACCAGCGGCUUGCAUUGUCACGCACAUUCAUGCGUUCCUUGGUCACCGAUAAAGACUCUUCCGCUGGUAUGCUGGUCUUCGACGAGCCGAGCGCCUCCUUGGACCCUACAGCUGAAAAUGAUCUCUUCGAGAAUCUGCGAAAGUUGAAGGGCAGCAAGACCAUAAUAUUCUCCACUCACCGGUUCGGGAACCUCACACGACAUGCGGAUCUCAUUUUGUACAUGGACGAAUCUGUCCAAGAACAAGGCACGCACGAUGAACUGUUGAAGAAAGGGGGAGAGUAUGCUCGUAUCUGGAAUAUACAAGCGAAACCUUUUCUUUAAUGAGCCGGGACCAGAGAUGCGAAUUCGUGAGUUUGAGUCUUUCUCCCAGCGCUGAUGUGUGCCGAAGAAGAAGGCACGCACGGCGAAUUAUUAAGAGGGAUCUACAAGCUGAGACUUUUAUUUAACAACCCGAGACUGCACAUUGUACAAUAAGCCGGACUAUUAUGUACCCUUCCUCAUGCCAAUAGUCAGGAAAUACUACGUAGAAAAAUAUAGCAAGACACCGCAAGAACGAAGUGUGAGAAAGUGGG